GUCUGUGUGGUGAAAAUCUCGGAAACCGAUUAUGUCCUAGCAUCGUGAAGCAAUAAAGCAAAGCACCCACGGAGCACGUGCCCAGGGAUUAUUUUUGAUACCUUACCUCAUCGCUUUCUGAUGCAAUUCAAAUUAUAUUUCUAGGCAUACCUCAAUAAAUGCAAUUUGCAUUUCAGUAUUAGCCAGUGUGGCAUUGUCUGGGUAAUAGAUUUGAUAACAAUGUCACGACCAUGGACCUCAGAUUUCUGUGGCAUUGUUCGUGGGGCUCAAACUGUGGUUACGGCAAUAUUAAAAAUUCAAGAAAGUAAUAUUAAGCAAGCAGUUACUCAUUCCAGUCUAAAAAGCUUAGCUGAAGAUGGAUGCAAGAUGGUCAAAAAGGAAUUAACCAACACAAAUCUAAGUAAGGUUCCCGGUGAUGUAACCACAGGCAUAAAAGAGACCAUGGAACGUGCCGCAAUGCUAGGUACAGGGAUAGCUAAAUAUGUAACGUUUGAAACUAGUGGAGGCCCAGGUUUCAGCGAUGCUCCCAGGCCAUGGAAUGAUAAUAACAGAGUCCCCAGUUAUGCACAAACGGUCUCAAAAGAAGAUUAUAAUAAAGGUGACGCAGGCAGUCAGGGUUCAGUCACUCAUACAACAUACCAUCAAUCCAAAACAGAAACAGAAGUUAGAGCAAUACCGAAAAAAUUCACGAGUGUUAAGGAAAAAAUUGAAAAUAUUACUAUGUUGGAUAACAAUAUUCCAAAAAUAGAAUUGUCGAACAAGGAUAAAAAACUACUCAAAAAACUCGAGUUCGAGCAUGAGGAAAAAAUACGCAAACAGAAUUUGGAGACGAAUGUUUCGGAUGAUACAGCUGUCCACAGGAUGAAUUCAGUAAACGAGAAGGACAAGCCGAUAUCGCCUUCUGUACCCUCUGUAAGGCCGAGGCAAACUCUUUCAGAGAAUGCACGGCAGCGUAAGGUCCCAUCGACAAGAUUGCAGCGUGUUGUCAGCUUUGGAACUCUGGGCUUAGGGUUAGGGAUUGGAACAAUGGCUGAGUACACACGACGGACAUUAGGACUCCGUGAACAAAGUGUCUCACAAUCUUUGGAUAGUAUGUUUCUUACAAAAGCCAAUGCAGAAAGAAUUGUUUCUACAUUAUGCAAAGUCAGAGGUGCUGGAUUGAAAAUUGGUCAGAUUUUAAGUAUCCAAGAUAAUAGCGUAAUCAGUCCAGAAUUACAGAAAGCGUUUGAACGAGUUCGUCAAAGUGCUGACUUUAUGCCAACAUGGCAAGUUGAAAGAGUAUUGAGCUCCGAACUAGGGUCCGAUUGGAAGAGCAAACUAUCAAGCUUUGAAAGCAAACCUUUUGCCGCUGCUUCUAUAGGUCAAGUACAUCUCGCUACAUUGUUAGACGGAACUGCUGUAGCCAUGAAAAUCCAAUACCCAGGUGUAGCUGAAGGCAUUCAAAGCGAUAUUGACAAUUUAGUUAGUGUACUCAAGAUAUGGAACAUAUUUCCUGAAGGAAUGUUCAUCGAUAAUGUAGUAGAUGUAGCAAAGCGAGAGUUAGCCUGGGAAGUGGAUUACGUCAGAGAAGCCGAGUGCACCAGAAAGUACAAAAGUCUAAUAUUACCAUAUAAGGAUUACUAUGUCCCUAGAGUGAUAGACGAGUUCAGCACCCAACAAAUUUUCACAACAGAACUGAUCGAUGGCAUACCUGUCGACAAAUGUGCAGACAUGGACAUGGAGACUAGAGAACAUAUUUGUAAGAUGGUGAUGCGCCUUUGCCUGCUUGAAUUAUUUGUCUUUCGUUACAUGCAGACUGACCCAAACUGGGCCAAUUUCUUCUACAAUACCGAGUCCAGACAACUAGUGUUAUUGGACUUUGGUGCUUGCAGAGCAUAUGACAAAUCAUUCAUGGAUAAAUACAUUGAAAUAAUCAAAGGUGCAAGUGAAGGUGAUCGCGCCAAGGUCUUGCACUUGUCACGUGAAAUGGGAUUCCUAACUGGAUAUGAAUCCAAGGUCAUGGACGAUGCUCAUGUAGACGCUGUGAUGAUUUUGGGUCAAGUUUUUGAUAGAGACCAUGAAUACUUUGAUUUUGGCGGGCAAGAUGUCACAAAAAGAAUCCAAGCACUGGUUCCUACAAUUCUGAACCACAGGUUGUGCCCACCACCUGAAGAGAUAUACAGCCUACAUCGAAAAUUAUCUGGGGUGUUUUUGCUUUGCGCAAAAUUAAAUGUGAAAAUCAACUGUCGUGACAUGUUUCAUGAGGUUUACAACAAUUAUCAAUUUGACAAGUGAUUUGUAUCUUUAGCGACGAAAGUUUGGCAAACUGUAUCAAAAAAUGAAAAAUUUGACUACACUUACUCAUUCACCCAGAUAAUAAAAUUACAUAAGUAGUUCCGUCUCGUAA